GAGUCGUCGUCUCACAAGGUUGGUUCCCCGUACCUCACAUUACGAAACGACUCGUCGUCUUCCGAAAGCUUCCCCGCUAAAUCACCGGAGGUCCGCUCGCUGUGUUUGGCAUUCUAUUCGGAAUCGUUGAGAGAGAGAGAGAGAGAGAGAGAGAGAGAAUGGCUGAAGAAUCUGGCCGUCAGAUUAGGCUAAUGAACUUCGUUUCGGAGGAACAGUUGGAUCAAGCCAAGAAGGCAAGGGGCGAGCGCAUUGAGGAUGGCACUGCCCAAAGAGAUAGACCCCUCUUUGAGGUUCUAAAGGAGAACAAAGACAAGCGGGAUGCAGAAUUUAAUGAACGUUUCAAGCACAGACCACCCAAAGCUUUGGAUGAAGAUGAGACUGAGUUUCUUGAGAAGUUGGAAAUGUCAAGAAGGGAAUACGAACGUCAAAUAGCAGAUGAGGAAGCCCAAGAGCUGCAGAGUUUCCAGGCAGCGGUGGCAGCACAGUUGGAUAUCGUACAUGAGCUCAAGGAAGCACCCCCCGCUCCUAUAAUUCAGGAACAGAAAUCAGCUGGGAGGAAAAAUCCACCUGCUCGACCAUUUGGUAUGAUUAUUAAGGUCGAGCCACAAGCAAAAAAGGCAAAGUUAGAUCCAGGAACUUCGGAAAAACCUUCAGAUGUAGUGAAAAUCCCUGUUGUAGAUCCAGAAAAAUCUUCGGAGCCAGUGACAACAUCUAAUAGCGAGUCCCAAGAUAUUGGUAUAGCUUGUCUAGUUUCAUAUAGUGAUGAAAGUGAAGAGGAUGAUUAGUGGUUUUACUAAAAGAGAAAUGUUGUACAUGACACUUUUAUUUCACUUUGCUGAUGUGGUGCAAUCAGCUCUUGGACUAGUUUUUGUUUAAAAAAAAAAAUGAUCUUAGAGUUGAUUGGUAGUGCCACAUCAGCAAAGUAGAAUAAAAGUAUGGUGUAUAUCAUUACUCUUUAGGGUUGGUGCUUGCGGAGAAAGAACUCUUCCUUAGUCCUGAAAAAAAAAAAAAAAAACUCCACUAGGAUUUGAUGAUUAUUGCAUUUUGCCCACAGUGGAAUAGGCGUUUUUUCUUUUUUUUUUUUUUUACUUAAAAAUAAAAACUUGAAAUAAAAGUGUAAUGUAGCCUAAGGUAGGUGACUUUGCCCAACUGCAUGUAUUCUUGAUAAUGAUUUUGGGUUGUUGAUGAA